UGAAACCUUUAUAAAGUAAUCUGUUGAAUGUAUGAGCAUCAGGAAGAAAAUGCCAAAUACUGAGCUCCGUUCCUUAUAAUGCUGCAUAUUCAGUGAUUUAUUUUGUCAAAUAACAGCAAAAUGACUUGGGGCAAUUUAACAUAUUUUAAAAUAAUAGCCGAAUCUUUGGUUAUAAUGAUAAUAAUUAGAAGACGAAACUGACAUAAUAAUUAUCCUGUUCAUAGAAGGCAGUUCAUAUUUUAGAGACUAAUACAUCCUAAAAUAAACCACUGGAUGUCAAACGUUCGGCUUGACGGCCGUGAUUGGAUGACAGGAGUAAAUCUGCUGAAAUCCCCUCAGGGGAUCAAGCUGUGAUUUGGACCGGAGAGAUUUGUUUUCAGAGUGAAGUCGGGCCCGCAGAGAUGAGCGCGCUCUCCGUCCAGCACAGGGCGGCAGCAGGCCAGCGGACCUUCAUUUGGACCGGAGCGCAGCUUGGACUCGGCCGCCGCUGCUCGUCGCCAGCGCGCUGACGUGCGCUGAAUCAGGGCUUUACGCAGCUGCAGCCGUGGCUGCGAUGUGAGGAGGCCUCAUGCCACUGGUCAAGAGGAGCAUCGAACCGCGGCACCUGUGCCACGACGCGGUGCCCGACGGCAUCGGCAGCGAGCUGGAAUGCGUGACCAACAACACGCUGUCCGCCAUCAUCCGCCAGCUCAGCAGCCUCAGCAAACAGGCGGAAAACGUCUUCGGGGAGCUUUUCAAUGAGGCCAACACCUUUUACGUCCGCGCCAACUCCCUCCAGGACCGCGUCGACCGCUUGGCCAUCAAGGUCACGCAGCUGGACUCCAGCGUGGAGGAGGUGUCCCUCCAGGACAUCAACAUGCGGAAGGCGUUCCGAGGCUCCACCGUGCAGAACCAGCAGGUUUUGUCCAAGGGCAGCGUUCCGGACUCGGUGGCCAACCUGUACGACCGCAGCGACAGGCCUCCCUCCCUCAGCAAUCUCACAGCCUACAGGGAGGAUUCUACGGAUGCCAUGAAGUUCUACUCGGACCCGUCCUACUUUUUUGAACUGUGGAAGGAGAAAAUGCUCCAAGACACGGAGGACAAGCGGAAAGAAAGGAGAAGACAGCGGGAGCAGAAGCGCUCCGUGGAGAGCAGCACCCUUCAGCGCGAGCUCAAGAAGGUGCGAAAGGCGCGAAACCGCCGGCACGAGUGGAACGUGAUGGCGAUGGACAAGGAGCUCCGUCCGGACCACCGCCACCCCCAGACGCUCCGCCGAGGGGCGUCGUCCGAGGGCUCGCUCUCCCCGGACGGCAGGCCCGACUUCCCCGACGACCCGGUCCCUCCACCGCCGGCCCACGCCGCUUGUAACGCUGCCAAGUCCCACCGCGAGCCGGAGAGCCCGCGGCCCUCGCCCCCCGCGGAGCACGAAUACCACAGCAUUGAUGUCAACUACAAGGGGGCAGGCUACGCCGCGGCCGAGCAGCGCGCCGGCGGCUCAAUGCGUCCACCUGCAGGCGCCGCGUCGCCGCCCCGCGUCCCGUCGGCGCAGGCGGCCUUUGGCCUCCCGCCGCAGCACGGGGUCGCGCGCCCACCUGGACCUCCGGCGGGGCCCUGCGUGCCUCCGCCUCCGCCCGGCCCGCCGCCCCCGCCCCUCCCUCCCCCGCCCGCAGCCAAACACCCGGCGGGCCGCAGCCGCGACGAGAGAAAACCCGCGAGAGACGCGAGGAGCGACCUGCUGUCGGCCAUCCGCAUGGGAAUCCAGCUUAAGAAGGUGCAGGAGCAGCAGGAGCAGCAGAACAAGCUGGAGCCCGCGGGCAACGACGUCGCCACCAUCCUGUCCAGACGCAUCGCGGUGGAGUACAGCGACUCCGAGGAGGACUCGGAGCUGGAUGAAAACGAGUGGUCGGACUGAUGGGACGCCAGGUGGACGGAGACUCACGGCUCCGGCUUCUGGGCUCAUCAUCAAUCAGCACCAGCCACCAGUUUUCUACCACUGCUCUUUUUAUACCUCUACAUGUCAAACUAUACGUCUAUAACAAAAUGAAUGGAUUGAAUGCACAUAUCUGAGAAUGUCAGUGUGUAAAUAAUCCCAUUAGACAGGUUCUACUUCACUCAGUCACGUCCUGCAGUUUGUGUAUUAUGUUACCGUGAACUGAGUUUAUUCUGCUGUGAAUUCUUUUCUGUGGUUUGUCUUCAAUAAAUAAGACAAAAUGUU